GGGCUGCGGGAUCGCCCCCUCCGCCGGGACCACCAUGGCCACCAUGGCCAGCGAGGCCGAGCCCGCCCGGCGCCGCCGCUGCUGCCGCUGCUGCUGCUGCGGGCAGGACCCGCCCGACAUUCCCAAGGCCACGGAUUCCCGGCGGGGCUCCCUGUGCGACCGGCACUGCUCCACCACCAUCAACAACGACCUGGGCGACCUGGGCUGUCACCUGCACCGGCCCCGCGGCCCCACGGCCACGCCCGAGGAGUGCGAGAGCUGCGCCAGGACCACCCUGACGGCCGAGAACGCCGUGGAGGCCAACAAGCUCUCCAACAACUACAAGUUUGGCUUCAAGAAGUGGAAGAGCCAUGUGACGGCGCGGCCCUGGGAGGAGCGCUCCGACAUCGUCAAGGAGCUCUACUCCGACCUCACGGUGCUCCGGGGCCCUGCAGGGUCCACGGUGACGUGUGGGAACGUCCUGUACCUGCUGCUCUUCGGCUGGUGGCUCUCGCUGCUGCACGGCCUGGUGGCCGCUGGCAUGUUCCUCACUGUUGUGGGGGCUCCUCAUGGGCGGCUCUGCUGGGACCUGGCCGGGUAUUUCCUGUGGCCCUUUGGCAAAGUGAUCCAGAAGGUGGAGGUGCCCAAAUCCCAGGAGGCUGGCGUGGGGGAGAGCUCGGCCCUGCUGGGGGGUCCCACCCCAGGCCGCUGGCGCCCGCGGUGCUGGGAGGGCACCGGAUACUGGCGCCACGUGGGCACCGCGGCCUGGCUGUGCCUGGGGUACCCGGUGCUGGCCCUGUCCCACGCCCUGGUCUGUGUCACCUCCUGGCUCCUCAUCGUCACCAUCCCCGUGGCCAAGCUGAGCGCCCGCAGUGCCACCCGCAUCCUGCUGCUGCCCCCUGAGCGCGUCCGCGUCCGCAGGGGCAGGAUGACGGAGGUGCCGCUGGAGGGGGAGGUGAUCCUGUGCUGCUACCGCGCCGCCAACCCCUACUACUACAAGUACUCCGUGCACGGCCUCAACGUCUUCGCCGUCAACCUGCUGCCGCUGGUGGUGGUGACGCUGCUGCUGGGCUACCUGGACAGCCACAACCACCUGAGCAGCUCCACCCUCAAGUUCUCCCUGGCCCUGCUCUCCAUCAUGCCCCUGUCCUACUACAUCGGGAUGGCCAUCGCCAGGUGAGCUGGGACAGCCCGGGGACACCAGCUGAGGAUGCUCAAUUCUGCAGGACUUGCACAUCCCAUGGGAUCUGCCCACGUUUCCCAGCUGCUUCUGAGGGUUGUUCCACCCUCAGUUGGCUCCUCUUGGGCUCUGUGUGUGCUUUGGGUGAAGGGUCUGUGCAUGGUCAUCGGGGGCAUCCGGCACCAGGAGCAGCGCUUCAACAGCCGCUCCGCCGGCGUCAGCUCCGCCCUGCUCUUCCUCUCCGUGGGAGGAGUCUUUGCCCCGACGCUCUUCUCCAAGGUCUACGGGAAGCUGGUGUGCGGCGAGUGCCACAACGUCACCCAGAACCCGCUGGGCCACUACCUGUGUCACAACUGUCACUUCGACCUGAUGGACAACAACGGCACCCUCUACUACAGCCACGUCCAACCCCUGGUGUACACGGUGUCCCUGCUGCUCCCCGCCGGGUACCUCGUGGGGCUCUGCUUCACCCUCAAAACCCACUCCCACAUCUACGACAUCCACGUCAGCGACUGCCACAUGCCAGGCCACCACCCCAGCCCCGUGGUGCACUGGUCCCGCUGGCGUGCCCUGGUCAUCCUGCUGCUCUCCACGCUGUGCAUGUCGGCCUGUGCCGACCUGGCCACGGAGCACAUCAGCCCCAUCCUCACCAACUCCACCAUCUCCCAGUACUUCAUCGGUGUCACCGUGCUGGCCAUGGUGCCUGAGCUGCCAGAGAUUGUCAACGGCAUCCAGUUCGCCCUCCAGAACAACCUGAGCCUCAGCAUCGAGAUCGGGAGCUGCAUCGCCGUGCAGGUCUGCAUGCUCCAGAUCCCCAUCCUGGUGCUCUUCACCAUCUUCUACCCCACCAACUUCACGCUGGUGUUCAGCGACCUGCACGUCUACGCCAGCAUGUUCAGCGUGGUGCUCAUGAACUACAUCUUCAUGGACGGCAAAUGUGACUAUUUCCAAGGCACGGUGCUGGUGAUGGUUUACUUCAUCCUCCUGGCCGUUUACUUCUUCGCCCCCUCUCCCAGUGGCUGCUGAGCUCCGGCCUCUCCCGACCCGCGGCGGCUUCCAGGAGUUCUCCGGGAUCUCAGGGACUGGCUCCGGGCUGGAAGCACCAUUCCCAGAGCUCCUGCUGCCGCCCGGCCCCUCCAGGGGGGGCUUUGGGAAGGGUGGGAAGGGUUGGUGGCCGUGGAAUUGCUCCUGGGAUGAGUCACGGAGGAGUUUCCCAAGGGGCACUUCCAGCCCCCCUGGCGCGUCCCAAGGGACGUUAUCCCUAAAAAGGAGGGGCUGGAAGGGGGUUCCCGGGACAGACCCUUCCCUUGGGAAGCGUUGCACUGGGAGAAGGGGCUGGGGAAGGUGAUCCCAGG